AUGGAUAAAGCAAAGGCAGCGGUCAGCGAUUUCAUGCAGAAAGCUGGUCACCAUGAUACCACAGUUCAUGAGAAGGUCGCCCCCGCCGUUGUGAACGAGCAAGUGAUUAAGCAGCGUCAUGAGGAGGCUCAGACUGCUAUUGACCGCGAGGUGCACCAAGACCAUUACCACACCUCUGUCCAGCCAGUCAAGGAUCGUGAGAUUCUCCCUGAACAACACCAUCACCGCAUGGCCGCUGUCGAGGAGCGUGAGCUCCAACACGGCGAUUCCAACGCCAUCAAGGCUCGUCUUGAAGAAGAGCGCAUGCAAUUCCAGAAUACCCGCACUGAAGCAGGUACCAAAGAGACCCACUCCGUUGCACCAGUCAUUGCCGGCGAGCACGUGCACCAUCAUGUUCAUGAGACCAUUCAGCCAGUUAUUCAAAAGGAGACUAUCCAGCCAUCGGUUGUCCACACCACUGUUCCCAUACACGAAGUCCAUCAGAACGAGGCCAAGCACCACGCCGCAUCUGCUCUGCCCGCCGUCAGUAUGGCUGACUUCAAGAAGCAAGGUGGAAGCUUGACUGGCCGUGAAGAGCGCUACGAUGGAUUCGAGGGUGAACCAAGAGCCGUUGGCGGUGCUCUGGGAGGAGGUUCGGCGACUACUGGUACAUCAAGCUACGAUAACACCGGCCUUGACAGCUCUCGUGGUACCAGCGGCUAUGAUAACACCGGCACUAGCGGAUACGACAACACCAACACGACCGGAAAGAAGCCAGGACUCAUGGACAAACUCAACCCCAUGAAAGACUCUGACGGAGACGGCAAGCGUGGUGUGGGCAACUAG